UCUAUUGAAACUUGAAAGAAGCACCAAACUUGAAACUCUGUGUAUUGUUCCCAGCUACCCCAAAAAUGGCUUCCAUGGCUUUCUCAACCAUCUUCUUCACACCUAUCUAUAAUUUGAGUCAACCUAGAACUAACCCAACUCCUUCUAUCCCUUGCAUCAAAUCUUCCUUAAGUUCUUCCAAGUCAGCCUUUUUCCAACAUGGGUUUUCUCAACAAACCUCGUCCAAUUUUCCCAGGUUUCUUUUCAAGCCUCGGUCUUUCUCAGUUCAUGCUAGAGCAGCCACAGAGAAAACCAUUUAUGAUUUUACUGUUAAGGAUAUUGAUAGGAAGGAUGUUUCUCUUAGCAAAUUUAAGGGGAAGGUUCUCUUGAUUGUAAAUGUUGCUUCACGAUGUGGUUUGACAUCAUCGAACUACUCGGAACUGUCACGCUUAUAUGAAAAAUUUAAAAAUCAAGGUUUGGAGGUUCUAGCUUUCCCCUGCAAUCAAUUUGGUAUGCAGGAGCCUGGAUCAAAUCAAGAAAUUAAGCAGUUUGCUUGCACAAAGUUUAAAGCAGAAUUUCCAAUUUUUGAUAAGGUUGAUGUAAAUGGACCGUUUACUGCUCCAGUAUACCAGUUUCUGAAAUCAAGUGCUGGAGGCUUUCUAGGUGAUCUUGUCAAGUGGAAUUUUGAAAAAUUCUUGGUUGAUAAAAAUGGUAAAGUUGUUGAAAGAUACCCACCGACAACCUCUCCUUUUCAAAUUGAGAAGGAUAUCCAGAGGUUACUUGCUGCGUGAGUGUGGAAUUCAGGUGAAAGAAAGGAUAGCUGUACCUAGGAGCAGAAAAUUCCAUGAGUCAAAACUGAUGAUAAGCAAUAAAUAUUAUUAUGCAAAUUUGUUUGGGGUCUUUAUUCAUGAAAGGGAAAAACUACUCUUAUGUUAGUGGAGAUUAAUUCUCUAACAUCAUUUAUGUGCUGCUAUUUUUUAUUUUAUUUUUAUUUUUUAAUAAUGGCUGGGUUCCCCAAAUAGUUAUGUCUGUGACAAAAGACAUAUUGUAUCCUAUUAUAUAAGAUUAAUAAAGCACUUAAUGAAAUUACCGGAUCAGAGAAGAAAAA